AUUACCUACAGAAACAGCCAGCAGAGCUUCUUUCCCACAUUGCUAAGGCACAGAAGAUCUUACUUCACUCCUACAACAUUUCUGCUUUCUUCCAGAACAGAAAUGUGCACCAACAGCACUGAUUCUCUCCAUCAGUAACUGAUAUACCCAGACCUUCCACAGCCAGACAGAACAGAUAUAACGCUUUUAGGCUGGCUCCAGAAGACUCAGACUGUGUUUGACUACCACCCUUUUGGAUAAAUAUUUUGGGAUCCAGGAUGAAUAAGACAAGGGCUGUUAAUGACGUUUUUCAUUUCCUGAUCAGCAAGAACUGGAGCUCAAGCCGAAGCUUUCCUAUGAACAUUUCUAAUCAGUGCAUGAACAUCACCGACCUUACUGUCUUUCUGGCUACCUCUUACAGCUUGGAGACUGUUCUGGGCAUUGUGGGAAACAUCUGUCUGAUUGCUGUCAUUGCCAGGCAGAAGGAAAAGGCCAAUGUCACCAAUAUCCUAAUUUCCAACUUAAUAAUUUCAGACUUGUUUAUGUGUCUUGUCUGUCUGCCUUUCACCGUUGUUUACACCAUGAUGGACUACUGGAUAUUUGGAGAAGUCAUGUGCAAAAUGACCUCUUUCACUCAGUGCACAACUGUGACAGUGUCAAUUCUUUCCCUAGUCCUUAUUGCCCUGGAAAGACACCAGCUCAUCAUAAACCCAACUGGCUGGAGGCCAAAUACCUCCCAAGCCUACCUAGGAAUUGGAGUGAUUUGGACUUUAGCGUGUCUCAUGUCCCUACCCUUUUUGACCACAUCCAUCCUGUCCAAUGAGCUGUAUGAGCAGCUCUCACACUUCAUGAAUUUUUCCACUGAUAAGGCAAUAUGUAUCAACUCGUGGCCUUCAGAGCAGCACAAACUUAUCUACACUACCACUUUACUGCUCCUGCAAUAUUGCAUCCCUCUGUUCUUCAUUAUCCUUUGCUACCUGCGUAUCUACUUACGCCUGCAGAAGAGGAAGGACAUGUUUGAGAAGAGUGAGUACAGCAACCGAGCUGUCCAGCUGAGAAGGAUAAACAUGUUGUUAGCAUCAAUGGUUGCUGCUUUUGCUGUUUGCUGGCUACCACUGCAUGUUUUCAACACCAUCGUGGACUGGAAUUACAAAAUCAUUUCGCCUUGCCACCACAACCUGAUCUUUUCGUUGUGCCACCUGGUAGCUAUGGCUUCCACCUGUGUCAACCCUGUUAUCUAUGGUUUCCUAAACAGCAACUUCAAAAAAGAAGUGAAGUCAUUGAUUCUGAGCUGCCAGCAUAAUUCAGUCACAGCCUCAAUGGAAGAAUAUGAUCAUUUGCCUUUAUCCACCAUGCAGACUGAAAUUUCCAAGGGGUCCCUGGUGUUGAACUGCAGGCACAAUUCUAUCUAACGAGCAGAAAACAUUUCAGAAGGGUACACUGACACCACACACCAAUUAUUACCUGUGGGUGUAUAAACCAACUGGUGAUGCCAGAGCUGGGGUGUCAACAGAACCCCAUGACUACCUGAUUUUUGGAAGAACAAGCAAAGUAAUGUUGUAAAUGUUCACAGCUGCUGCUGUGGUGCACAAGCUUUUCGUGUCAGUGAGGUGGGACAGACACAGAAGACACUGGGCUGAUGUAUAAGCAGCUGCUCUAAGAUCAGUAACACAGCUGUGGCUGCACAGAGGCUGACAUGGGGUUCAGCAGUGAAACUCCUCUCUCUACCAUGGCUGCAGUAGAAAACCAGAUUGUUUCAGCACUGCCAGCUGCCAAAAGUUAUGUUGGAGAAGACUCUCCGUUUUUCAGUAUUAGUAAGAUUUUUUGUGCACAGCUGACACACCAGUGGAACAGAAAUACAUAAAUAUAAAUUUGUUUUUGCUUUACCACCUCUCACAGCCCAUUAAGUAACAGUAAUCUUUCAAAUCUUCACAUGAAACAACUGCGUAUUUCUAUGAAACUUCACUCUCUGCCAUAGGCUUGAGAACAGUCAUUGCCUUUGCAAGCAGAGACAAGAAACAAAGAUCCUGGUAUGUAAAGAAGAUAGACACUUAUGAGGGUUGGCAGCAAACAAAAAUGUUACUUGAUGGAUUAAACUCAAAAUACAUUGAGAUGAUACUGAGAACUAUUUUUAAGCACAUGAGAAACAGUUGUAGAUCUACAUGGAAAUGAAUCAGUUCUCACUGCUGUCCAUCACAAAGCUCUGCAAUGCUGAAACUUCAUGCCAUGAUGGCACAAGAUGGCCAGAUUACAGGAGUUGUUCCAGGACUUGGUAGCAACGUGACAUUCUGCUUCGGCAUCUUCUUGGUACUUUAAUUGCAAAGUGUCUUAUUCAGAAAGUCAGAAUGACCAUGAAAAUAUGUUUGUGGAAUUCACGUGUUUCCAGAGUGGAUACACUUCCAAAGAAAUAAGCAUAUGAAAGAAGAAUUUAAGUUUUCUUAAAAAAUAAAACCCGAUGUCAGAUAUCAGUCCUGCUCACUGGCAUCAGCAACACAGGUGAAGCUGAAAUUCCAACAAAUCAAUAGAAGGUCAAUGAAAAUACACAGGUGGCAUCCAGGUCAGGCUGAAGCCAAGCCACAUGUAAAUAGGGAGUACUGUCAAUUGCUCUAGUAAAAUGAAGGUCAUAUUUUUUCACAGCUGUGUUAUUUGUAGCCUUUGUUCAUGAAACCUACAAACUAUAAAUUCAUUUUAACCUCUGGAGCCAGAGAAAUUGCUCAGUGACUACUGAGAAAUCAAGGCAUGCCCAAGAAGGACAUAUUGAGGGACAGUGAUUUAAGAAACAAAACUAAACAAAACAGGUAGCAAGUGCAUAAAGGAGACCAACUGGUUCAAUGAUAAUGAAAUGUUGAAGCAUAUUCUGUCCUGAUUUGCUAAACUAACCUUAGCAGAAGACUGGACUAGGUAGUCAGCUGAGGUAAUUCCCAGCAUGAAUUGCUCUAUGAUAAGCAAUGGUUACUUGCUGCAGUCAGUAGGUUUGCAUGGAGCUGAAGGUGUCCAGUGUAAGUUAUGCAAACAACUAGCAAUUCCUUAGCUGGCAGAUCUCUGAUUAGACAAAUUGGUGUAAAGAUAUGUGAGGAAAAGACUUCCCAUGCUGUGAACUGACAGGAAUAUGGAUGCUGGGCAGAAUAUCUGAGGACAAGAGCUAAACCCUAUGUUAUAAGGCAGCAAGAGCUAUCAGUAAGUAUGGGAUCAUGCCCCCAGCUGGGAGAAAUAGAAGUUAACACCUUGCCAUGAGCUGGGUGCACAGAUUUCAGUGGUAAAACUUGAAGAUUGGCUUUCAAUUCUUGUGGGCAGAAUCUUACAGCAGAAGCUUUUUUUGAUGCAGCCACCCCCGUAAUUCUGGCCAGAACCUGUAUAUCUUAGUAAGAGACUUGGUGUGUGAUUACCUUUUGUAUCUUCCUCAACUAUGUGGCAAGACAUUUUUGCUUUUUUAAAAUGGAUUACAUCUUUAUUAUUUUUUUUUUCCUCUGUUACUUGCUAUGCUAUGCUGAGAAGUUUCUCUUGAUUACUUUGCAUGCAAUGUGAUUUCUAGACUGGACAUUGAGUCUACUAGAAACACAGAACAAGAGGACUCUUAUUUCAUCUUAGAUGCAUCUUGAAUUUGCUACUGUAGCCAAAACCACUGUGGGAUGCUGAGUAGCACAAAACACAGUAGCUUCUCCUAAUCAGUGUGACUUAUAUCAAAACUGUGUUAUAUUACUUCAAGGCAUAAAUACUGUUUCAACUUUGUAAUUGUUUUGGAGUUAGAAUCAAUUGAAGUAAUUGAAUAAUUCUGCCUGUUUUUCACACUUGUUAGAAUUCCAGCAUUUAGCUGGUUAAGGUGUCUGUAAAGCUAUCAUAAGAAUACUCUGCUAAACAUGAACACAGAAGAUUAUCUGAUACAUGGUCUUAAGUAUGUAACUUUUCAAGCAGCAGUGUCUUAAAUGGAACCACAAUUACCUUUAGCAUUUGCACUUGCAUGAACCUGACUUUGUCACUAGUUCUGGGUGAAAACAUUUGGUGAAGCACUUACAGUGUAUCAGAGACCUGCCACUAGACCUGUGCACUGGCAUUGUGCAUCAGAUCCGAGUUCUUCCUGCAAAGGGUAGAGAUAUGAGCAAGAUCUGACACUCUGUUUAACUGCAAUUCACAAAAUGUAAUUUGUUUCCAUGAACACAAGUAGAUACAUAAAGCAAGCAGAUCCAGCUUUACACAAACACAGACAAACAAACAGAUGUUAUCUUCCUCUUGUGAUUAAGCAAAGUGUCAAGUCUGGAGUCAACUACUGUUCAUUGUUAACUGACUUUGGACUGCAUAAACUACAGGAUUUAAACACUAAAAGCCAUCAAACUGCACCCAUACAUCUAACUGCAAAAAUGCAGAUCCUCAGAACUCCCAACCAGCUGCAGUCUAUCCAUCUACUUACCCUCCUGAGAUACCUGUUUUUCAACCUCUAAAAUUUCUGAAGUAACUAAAUAAACUUUAAAGAAAACACAGAAAAAUAAAUAUAUCUAGGUACCAAAGGACUGAACAUAUAACAGAAAAGGUGCCUGUACCAAUUCUUCACUCUGUGCAUACACCAAGGUGUAUGCUGCUGUGCACAAAUGCAGCAGAGGAUAGUAACCUGUCAGUUUUUAAGAACUUCUGUAGCAACUGUUCCCUGUUCCCUUAGGAAGCAAAGUACAAGGCUGGGUGGAAUUAUGCCUGCAUAAUUGAAAAAGCCAUUUUAUUUGUCACUUUGAGGCUUUAUGCAGCCAAGGGAGGCUAGGUUUGUUUGGUCCCAGCAGAAGGUAACAAACAAAACCAGCUUACAUACCUCUUAUCCAUCUGUAAAUAACAGAUCCUGUUAAUGUGUAAGAAGCAUUGAGCAUUUUUGUGUUCAUCAUAUACAGUGAUGGUUUUGUGUAAACUCUUUAAAGUUCUGCUACUGAGUGACAAAGCAAUGUUGGACAAAUAGGCAGGAGUUGUGCAAAUCAUGAGUUUCUACAAUUUUAAGACCUUACACUGCCUUUUUUAAAAAUAGUUUUUCAUAAUCUUGCCUCUUGUGACACAUUAUAAGAGGACAGUAAGGUUUCAGAGCAAGAGAACAACUUAUUUCUUGUGAUAUAAGUAACACACUGCAGGGAAUCUUAUAAUAACAAAUAAAGUAAUACCGUCUGUGUCA